AUGCUAUAACUUUUGGAAAUAAACACCAUUAUGAAUAAAAAGUACUGUUAGGAAUAGAUUUUAAUUUUAUCGAUUAUUUAUUCGAUACCUGCAUGUUCGAUAGGUAAGAAUGAUGUCUGCUAUAGCAAGCAAAAUCUGAUAACUUGAGACGCACUGAUCAAUAAGUAAUAUAUAUGCGCUGUUACAAUGAAUGACGAAUAUAUAGUAAAAACUGUCCUCCAUGGCGGAUCAAAAGUUAUUAACUUUGUACCAGGAACCAAGGUUAUAUUUCAUUUUAAAACUACAAAAUGUGAUUUUGAUAAAACAGUGAUAGAUGAUAGUAGAACAAUGGAAAAUCCGAUGGAACUCAUAUUAGGAAAAUUUAAAUUAGAAGUGUGGGAAGCAAUCAUACAAAAAAUGGCAUUAAAUGAAGUUGCCUGUUUCAAAGUAGACAAAAGUCUAGUAACUGCAUACCCUUUUGUUUCUAAGACAUUGAGAGAGGCUGGGAAACCACAGUCACAAAAACGCAAUCAUCAUUGCUGUGGUGUUACUCUUCAAAAUGAAGGCAUUGGUUAUGCCGAUUUGAAUGAACUUAUAAAAUAUCCUCAAGAUCUGGAAUUUACAAUAGAACUCAUCAAAGUAGUAUUGCCAAAUGAGUAUGAGAAAGAGUCAUGGCAAAUGACAGAGGAUGAAAAGCUUGAAAGUAUUCCACAACUGAAAGAAAAGGGAAAUGCCUUGUUUAGAGAAAAAAAAUAUGACAGCGCUUCUGAAAUAUAUGCAAAGGCCAUUGGAAUGUUGGAACAGCUUAUGCUAAUUGAAAAACCAAAUGAUGAAGAAUGGUUAUCUUUGAAUCAAAUGAAGAUACCAUUACUUUUAAACUAUGCGCAAUGUAAACUAUUAAAUAAAGAAUAUUAUUCAGUUAUCGAACAUUGUACAACAGUUCUGAAAACAGAGCCAGAUAAUGUAAAAGCGCUUUAUCGAAGAGGUAAGGCAUACAUAGGUGCAUGGGACGAAAAAAAUGCCAUUAGAGAUUUAAGGAAGGCUGCUGAAUUAGAUCCUACUUUGCGCAAUACUGUUGAAAAAGAGUUACAAGCAUUUGCAAUAGCCAUUAAAGAGAAGGAUAGCGCACAAAAAGAGAAAUUAUCGAAAAUGUUUAAAUGAACCUGAUAUAUUUAAUCAUAUUGUAAUUAUCGAUGUGAAAUGAAUUUUU